GCUUGGCUUGGAGCGAAACACAAACCAACAAUCGCAACAACAGAAAAUUGACUUUAGAGUACUUUCAGAAAAAGCAAUGAGACAAUGAACCACGAACUCCCGCCUCGACCGCAAUCUCAUUCUCAAUCUGCGAAGAACGGCUUUGGCCUGAGCAAACUGAAGAAGAAACCUACCGCCAGUUUGGAAGAUCACUUCCAGAAGAAGAAGAAGCGCUUUGCUACUAGUAGUAAUAAGGCUACUGCUAGUAAUGGUGCUAGUAACAAGAGCGUGACUGACAGAAGCCUCAGUCAUCAGUCAGCAAACAGCGGCAUUUUCCACGAAGAGCAAGAAGAUGAAUAUGACAAUGCCAGUAACUACGAUUUCAGCGUUGUCAUGGGCUCCACCACGGGUAACCCCAACCCUAACACUGAGGAUUUGGAGGACUCUCAAUCCUGCCAGCUGAGCUAUCUAGAAGACUCUUUCACUUCUCUGCCUCAAUCAGAAGAACAAGUGCAACCAGAGGAAGCUACUGCAAAAGCAACAACUAACAAUGCUAGGCAUAGUAUGGAGGAGCUGCUACAUGUAGCUAUGGAUCAGAACAGGGAAGACACUCAGGACUCAACCUAUCAUGAGUCCAGUCCAGAAUCAUACAGGAUUCAAAACAAUGCUGACAACCAUAACAGCUCCAACCUAGAAUGCAUUCAAGAAGCUACUAGCAAGUCAUCCAACAGCAACAGUGACAACAACAGUGACAGCUCUUCAAGUAGCAGCUCUAGUAGUAGUAGUAGCAGUAGCAGCAGCAGCACUACCAGCAGCAGUGCCUCCAAACAACAAACCAAUGCACUGGGAGCUGAAAGCAGUCAAGAAACCCCCACCACCAAAAAUGGCAACAUUCAGUAUGAUGAUGUUCAUCUUCCAAAUACAAACAGUCAAGAAGAUGAUGAUGAUGCAGCAGCAGAUGUAGCAGAACCUACUGCUGCAGCCCUACAAGACUCUCUCUAUUUCCCACAUAGAAAGGAUGCAGACUUGCCACUUUCAGAGCUGGAAAAAUCAAUCAUCAUUGGACAGCAGAAGGCAUUGGUGGCAGAAAUUGAUUCUCCUGUCAAUCACAACCACUACUUCAAGAAAAAACAGCAGCAAAUGCUCAAAGAAAAGGAACAAAAAUUAAAGCAACUGCAACAGCAGCAGCAACAACAAAAACUACAACUACAACAAAUACAACUUGGGCUAGUAGAACCAGAAGCAGAACCAGCAAUGACAUUGCCAAUGCUACUGCGUGUACCUAACAAACCACAUGAACAUUCCAGAAAAACCAAUGAAGAACUUGCAGCCACGUCGGAAAAAGAACGAAGGAUUGCCAAUACAAACCAAAGAAGAAACUUGAAAAAAAGUGAAUCCGUUCGAAUACGUCAGCAAAAAGAACAGCAGCAAAACCAACAGCAACAACAGCAUACUAAGCACUCCUCACUGAGUCCUUUUGUGCUCUCCAGAAGCAGCAGUGAAGUCAUUCGAACUGCCACAAACAUGCACAACAACAACAACAACAACAACAACAACAACAACAACAGCACCAGCCACGACAUGAUGAGUUCCAGUGACCGGUACCUUGCGCCAUCACCCCCGGGAGAGGAGUAUGACACUAUUGCACAAGACGGUCCAGUGCUGGACCUGCCAAUGCUACAUGCUCGCCGAAAACGACCUAGCAUGGAUGUGUCUCACUCGACCGACGAAAGCAGCAAUGCUACACCCAAGCUUUCACACAACAAUAGACCCAGACAACCCAAGACAACACAUACUCGAGCUGGACGAAGAUCCUCGGCUUCGGCGUCCACGUCCACGGGAAAAGACAGUCGAGGCAGCAGCCGCUGCAGUCAUGAUGAUGCUCCAACGAAACGAAACACACAACAGCAACAACUGCCCAACAACAGCAGUCGGACGCUUCUAGUCUCCAACAAAAAGAAGAAACAACUGCCAACUACGAGUAGCAGCAGUGGUCGAAGUUUGACGGCGACCAUGAUGAUGGAAGGAUCGUCCAACAAGAGUCACUCUAGCAGUCGCAGUCUUCCCGCGAAAAAGCAAACGCAAAAGCAGCAACCACCCACUACCAGAAAGGUGCCCCUGCAUCGACGUGGUUGUGGAGCGGAUGCAUUGCCCAAACAACCCGGUGUUGUGGCAACACAGUCGCAGCAUGCUAGACAACAAAUGGGGUCCAAGAGUGAACACGAUAACACAGACACAACACCCACCACGUCACGACGAGCCUUGUUGACCAAAGUCAAGAGUGCCGGAUGUAUCUGCGGUAGUGCCAGUGCCAAGAGCAUGGCACGGGAAGAAACGGAACGCGGUGAUACCGAACGAUGUGAGACAGAGCGGGAACAGACGGAACGAGGUGGAGAUCAUAAUGAUGAUGAUGUCGAGUACGUCUACCAGCAUGACGACGACAACAAUGAUGACAACGACGUCCAAGAAGACGGCAAUGAUAUGGUCGAGGAACAACAGCUAAGUCAAAGAGGACAAAUGGUGGAUUGCUCGGCCUCGGAGGCUCGAAGCACAAAAAGUACCAAGCGCAGAAACUUGGUACGAAGUCUCAGCCAUACAUUUGGCUUACGUCGUCGGGCGUCCACCACUGAUUCUCGACCGAUCCAGGAUCAUCAUCAACAAGACGAAGAAGAGCAAACGCAGUCCGUGACAGCGUCAUCCAUGAGUCGUCGAUCGCAACGACGUGCUCGAAGACGACGAAGUCAACUGGAUCAGACCAGCAGCAAGAGCAAGCGACGAAGCCUCGUGCGAUCCCUCAGCCGGACCUUCUCGUUCAAGUCGGUCUUUAGUCGAAGCAAGAAAGCAGACGUCGACUUCGAAGAGUCUCAACAGCGGCAGGAUAAGGAUAUUGAGUUUGUUCCGGACUAUGAAAAUCAUCAAGGCCAUUGGAUUGAAAAGGAACAUUCCCUCCCCGCAAGCCCCUCCGAACUAUAUCGUCGGAGCAGUCGAAGAAACCCCGCGAGUUCAUCGACCUCUACGGACGUGACUUCUGGCAGCAUUGUCAUUGAUGUGGACGAUAUUAGCAGCUUGAUGGAGCUGGAACGUCAACGAGUGAGCUUGAGGAAGAUGGAAGCAGCCAUGCUUCAAAACAGCACGAGUUCUGUUGGAACUGACAACAAUCUGCCAAGGAAACGAAGAACCACUGAACGAGUGCCUUCAAUCCCCCCUGUCACAGCAUCCAGGCGUCAAUCUCACGACGAUGGACGCGCGCCCCCAAAGACGCGCCACACCGCUGUUCGCCACACUGCUGCUCGUCGGGACGGCCGACCCGGGCUUGUACCACAACGAGGGCGCUCUGUAAAGACGCUGGUCUCACGCCGAGACAAGAACGAUCCCCGCCACCUCCUAUUCCAGGAUCCACCAAAAAGACGAGCCAAAUCAUUGGAAGUUUGGGAGCGGCGAGGUUCAUUCUAGAUGGAUCAUACAUGUAGUGACUGUUAAUUGCUAAGCUACAUGUAAUUAUGUCGCCAACGAUUGUUGCUG